AACGCUAAGUUACGCUUGUUUCGAUCUUUGUCAUAAAUAUGGUGUAUAUAAUGGUUAGUCUAGGGUACAGAAAACCGUAGCAGUGAGAUAUUCAAAUUAUGUGCAACGAUAAUCUGAAGAAUCUAAUAUAAAUCGAGUAUUUGCGUAGUGAGAACUGUGAGAAAUUCUCGUGUGGCUCGUCUGGUUAAACUCAUCGAUUGUCCUCUGACGUAUGCUGGACUUAAAAUGGGUGUGUAUUUCCAUGAUCGUACGUUAUCAGUUAUGUUAGCGAUUGUUUUAUGAAACAUUGAAUCGACAGAGUGGGUAGCUGAUGCGUAAUCACGUAAGAGAGUUUGGAAUUAAAACGUAACUAGUCUCAUCUUUGGAAGAUAAAGGAUACACCUUAUGUAUCACAAUGGCACCUAAAAAUGUUGCUAAACAGAACGACUGUAGUACUCCAAUGAUUCCUUUACGACGUUCAGGUUAUUCACGUGAAAGUUUAGGAAGAUAUUCAGAACGAUCUUUACAUUCUACUUAUUUGGGACGGUAUGGUGGUGGGAGCCAAUGCAAAGAUUGUAUGACUCGAAUACCUUAUGCAACUCUCAUUGCAACCAUCAUGUGCAUUGUUGGUGUAGGAGUGUUUUGUGGUACUAUGUAUCGUGGUGCUACAUUAAGUGCUCUUAUGUUUGAUCAAGUAUUUCAUCUGCGUCUUGCAUGGCUAGAAGCAGUGCAACUAAUAUUUGUGGUUGUUGGAGCAAGCAUGGGAGCUUUAGGACUAAUGAUCCUGUUUGUGGGCUGCUUGGCAACUGGAGCAACAAGACAUAAAGUGUAUCGAGCGUGGAGAGCACGAGUCGGAGGCCGUAUCUCAUGUGCAGUUUUCAUGAGCAUCACAUAUGUUCUACAAAUAGCAUGGCUAUUAAUGUUGUGUUUCCUGGUCAUUGUCACACUCAUUUUCACCAUAUUUUGGUCUCUCUGCGCUAAUACAGAUGUACAAAACAACAAGAAAUGCAUUGACUUCAAACAGUUCGAUUUCAUGUUCCCAAACAACACAAGACCUCAAGAUAUGGAAGUAUGUGACACUCAUGAAAUCAAAUUGUUCUGCAAGGAUUAUGUGGAACGAGCUGAAGUGAUGUUCAUUCUUGCUACUGUGGCAUGCCUGCUUGUCAUCAUAAGUCUGAUUCACUACCUGAUGUGCCUUUCUGCCAACUACGCUCAUAUCCGAGAUCAUGAAAAGUUUCAGGAACUUCAAGAAUUGCAGUAUCUUCAAGACCCUGAACUAUCAGUGGCUGGAUCUAAAGAUCGUUUCUAGGUUACAGCUAUAGAUAUAUUCAAGGUGGAAGAAUAGGAGACACUGCCAUCCUAAGCUGUUGUUCUUGGUAUUCUAAAACACUGUUACAGUUAACGUUUGAAAAGAUAUAUUACAACUGUAUUACACUUUGAUUAUGAUAGGUCCUUCUUUGCACUUAGGCUUACUUUAUAGACGAUAACACUAGAAUGUGGAGAAGUUAUGUCUGUCAUUAUUUUACCUUCAUCAGCAGCGCACAGCUAUGCAAAUACUCUGAACUAUAUAAGCUAAUGAGGGCUAUUUCUUUACAUAAAGCCCAAAUACAUUUAUACAGAGUAAUUAAGGAAGAGUCUGCCAUACUUUGUGGGUACAUUUAUCAAGUGACUGUGAGUAAAUAAAGUUUUAAUAACAUAUUCUAAUUAAAAAUGCCAGAGUGUUCUCAGCCACUUCACAGAAUACUGCAGUAUGUACCACACAGGAAUAUGCCUUACUAACAUGUGCAUUCAGGUUGCACAAGGUUACUGAAAAGUUUUUGUAACAUGUUUCUCUAUUAGACAACACUUUAGUUUCUAUGAAGUAUUUAAUUAAAAUCACUUCUUGUAUGUAUUUGUGUUACUUCAAACUAUCAUGAGUCUUUGAAAAUUUCUGCCGUGGCCACUGUUACCCACUUAUUUUGUGGGUUUUAAGAAGCCAUGGCCUACUUCAGCCACCUGCCUUUAAGACCCAUGGUUAUGCUGCAAUCCUGCUGCAGAACCAACACUUCAGUAGAACUACCACUGCACACACCCUCAGUAGCUUCCCUAGAACCUUGCCCUUGGUAGUAUCAUCAAGAUAGGAAUGUUCAUUGCAUCCGUUGCUCUUUUGCUAUUUAAAGUUGCUCAUUUUAUGGCUGUUGGACCACAUCACUUUCCAGAAUUGACCUAUGUUAACAAGAUAUUUUCUGUCCAAAAUCACUUGAUUAUUGAACCCAUGAAGAUUAGCAGACUCUUCCUCAACCAUCUUGCAUAUGUGUAUCAAAGUAAAUAAAAAGUAUGCUUUAAAGCUUUCAGAGCAACUAAUAUAAAUAAAAUAAUCUUUAGCUGUCAGUUUGUUAAAAAUCAACAUUUCAAGGUACAACUCCGUCCCCAUCAUCAGGAUUUAAUAUAACAGUUCACCCAAACUGGCUCACAUUUAUACUGUCUCUUAUGGAAGUAUAAUUGAAUCACUGGGUAAUUUAGAUUUAAUAAGCAUAAUUUUAUAACCUUAAUACCUAAGUACAUUCCAACUGAUGAUGCCAGCAUCUAUGCCUGAUCUUCAAUGUUAAAAUGAUGUAAACAUCUCAGUGAAAAGAUGCUACACAUUUUAUAACAAUAUGCCUGUACAAAAUUUUUAGAAACAAAAUAAUAUGAAAUCUGUAUGUAUUAGUAUAUAUAAUUCAAUGGAAAUGAAAGGCUCUAUCAGUUUUUCACAGGUUCAUGGGAAAAGUCCAUUAGUUAUUUCCCAAAUUCACAUCCUGGCUAGUGACUAGUAUUUCCAUGAUUUUCCUUAGUUCAUACAGAUAACUUCAUGGAUGGAACUUAAAAUAGGUAUGACUGCUUCCUUUUUAAUGUCCUUAUUCAUCAUUCAUGAUCAUUCUCACAUUUCUUAUUCACUGUUGCAUAACUUCUGCUGUUCAAGUAUAACAAAUUAAGUAAACUCCUUCAUAUAAUGGUGGGUAGGUUAUCCAAGGUAACUUUGGACAUUCUUUGCAGGCUGCUAUAUAGUAUUAUCACAUAUGUGAAGAAUUGGAUUAGUAAAAAUUAAUUCUUUGAGUUAAUUUAACCAGAAUAUGUUCUAAAAGAGAAGCAGCUAUUAGAGUAUCCUUAAGUUAUUUUUAUAAUAGUCCACACUGCUGUUUUCCUUUCAUUGCCACUGAGUCAAAUGUGUCAGUGAAAUAUAUACCUGAAGCAUUCUACUCCAAUAAUUGAUAAAUUUUCAAUUUGAAAGUGGAGAAUUAGUAAGGUGUAGCACAGAAACUGGUAGGUACAUCUUGUCAGCAAAAUUUAUCUUUCUUUUAUGUCUGGACUAUAUGCCAGAUCUGUUUAUACCCCUUGAUUCCACAGUAUUCUCAUAUCUUCAUUUUCACAUCCUGACUUAGGUGUAUGUACGUUUCCUGUUGUUUCAAUGCCUUAUGUCUUCAUAAUGAGUAAUGUACAUGUAUACAAACUUCAUCAUAUCAUGUUCAUUCUUUGCCAAAAUGGGACAUCCUGAUGUUAGGUGGUCAAUAGUUUCUUCAUAUUCUUUAAAUAGUCAACAGCUGCUUUACUACUAAUUCAUUGCUGAAAGUGCUCAUUUGGACAUAUUCUGCUGGAAAUGAGGGUGUAUUGUCUCUUGCUGGAACAUGGCAUAUUCCUUUAGAUAGGCUUAAAGAAUUUGGGCACCUUCAUAUUCUUCAUAAUGAGAGAAGAUGUCUAUUCAGAGUGACUGAUGUAGCACGUUUUGUCACUGGUUUCUGCAACAUUUGUAGUCUGUACAGAUUGAAGGAUAAUCAUAUCCAUAACACAAUCCCUCACAAGUUGGUGCUUAAUUCUUCACUAACACUUGGUCUGCCAGUUUCCUUCAUGUGACUCAGUAGCUAGUCAUAACAAAGGUUAUGUGCCACUCAAGCAGAGAGCAUCUUGUGGGAGUAUUCUUCCACUUAUGUUGCUGACUUGGUUUCUUCAAAUCAGAACAUGCUGAACUCUUUUCACACCUGUAAAUAUCACUGUUUUAACAUUCCAUAUUGCAGUGCUACUGAUGACAUACUACAACUAAAGCUGAUGCAGUAAAAGUAAAGAAUUCAUGUACAGGGUACUGCAUUGAGCUGUGUGGAAUAGUAAAAUAAAUAAAUUAUAGUUUUAAAAACAUUUUUUCCCCUCUUAAUUUUAAAACAAUUGGUGUGAUUUUGAUACACUGGCACUUAAUGCUACACUGUAUUUUAUAAGCCAGAGGAACUGUAAAACAAUAGCAAUGCGGGUACAUGCAUUAACUGGCACUUCUGCCUUUCAAUACCCCUCUCUUAUCUAAGUCACUGGAAUUUUUAUAGUCUAUAAAUACUAAUUAAUUUCUCUCAAGUGUUAACUGGUUCUCAGACAUUCUCAAUAUUCCUUCUUCCCAUGCUAAAGUAUGUUUUAGUUCUGGAGUUAUGGGGGGAAAGAUAAGUUGAUUCAUUGUCAGAAUAUACAUUUGAUUUGAUAUACAUUGGGACAAGGGAAGUGAUCAUGCCUCCACCUCUUUACGGCAACCUUGAAACUGUGUCUGUGUAAAGAACAUGGUGUUUAUAACUUAUGCACACAAAAUUUAACCAUUCCCUACAACAUUCCAAUUAAGUUGUAUGUAAAUGUUUGAUAUGCAAUGAAAAUUUAGUGAGGGAAUACUGAAAAGCACUUGAAAGAUGCUGAAUAUUGUGAAUUUGAAAACUGAACACUGAUUUUAUGAACAGCAGCUGAUCACUGUGACAUUAAAGAGUAUACUUAAAUAUUCCAUUGUUAAUAUUGGGGGUAAUUGUGGUUUGCUGUUUGGCAUAAAAGCUCUUUAGAUGUAUUACGUAUAUGGCAUCAUUAAGCAGUAAAACAUCUUUGUUGCCAUUUGGUAAUGAGUUCAGAAUACAGUAUCUCUACAGACUGAGUAUUAUUGAAAGACUGUGAAGAAUAUACUGUUGUAUUUAAAGAAAUACAAUAAAAGUUACUUACACACACACACACACACAUUCAAUUAAGUGUAUGUAUUCGUUUAUUGGAUUGGAUUCUGCUGUACACAGGUACAAAGAAGGUGAAAGAUGACUGAGCUGGGUAUGGGACAAAAUGCAUUUUAGGAAUUCAAGGUGAAUCGCUGAUUGGCCUUCAUUUUUCAGUUUCACAUUCCACAAACAAACUGCCUCAACAGAAGUACUUAUUUUCAAAGACUAUUAUGACACAACAUUUUAGGACCUUAAUUAGGUGGUGUGUUACUACCACCUCAGAAGUUUGCACCAUUACCAUGUUGGUAUGAUCAAAGUCAGGCUAUGAAAAUCAGUUGGUUCAGAAGUUAUUCUGGAAGACUGACAAGAACAGGGUACCAUGAGCCUAUGUCUCAUCAUAAAAUAAGGAUUGUAUACUGAAAAGUUACUGUAAAUGGUUCUUUCACUUUUCAGUUAUACAUGUAACAGCCCUUGUCCCAACACAUGACAGUUUUUAAUGUAAGGCACAACUUAUGUACGUAAUGUGUGUACAUGUGUUACUGGUAUUAAUUUUUGUAAGUACAGUAAACCCUCAGCUAAUGUGGGGGUACAGUCCUUGAAUGUGGUGCAUACAGUGAAUCCACACUGAACAAACUUAAUAUUGAAGAUUUCUGUCUUCUGGGUUGUUGCGCCAUGUAGUCUGGUCGAUGCUAACCAAUGUUUCAGAGGUCAUACUGCCUCUGUCCAUCAUCAUCAUCGCCCUCUAGCUUCUGCAUCCAGACUGGCUCUGGGGCCUACCCAGCCUUCUGUCCAGUGGGUACUGGGGGUCCUUUCCCUGGGGGUUAUGUGUGGCCAGGGCGUAAUGCUGACCACUCACCCCUAACUAUUGCCGAGGUUACCUCUUCCCUGUGCACCUACAUGGCAUGUAAUAGGAUGGCUUUACUCUUCUUUUAUAUAUGCUGAAUAAAACAAAUCAAGUUGGGCAUAUAAAUACAUGCACAAAGGCUUCUUAAACAGCAGUCAUAUUUUUUCAUAUGCUACAGUGUGUUUUGCUGGCCAUGUAAAAUUUAAUUUUCCACAUUUAUUUUACGUGUAUAAUCAAAUCCUCAUUGGACAAACCUGAGUUGGAGGGUUUACUGUAUUCUAAAGUAGCUGAGUAUAUACAGCAGGAAAUUGCUUUGUUAAUAUUGUGUUUGUUGAUGAAUUAUCAGUAGUAAUGAUUAAGUAUAGCUGCAAAGUAAAGUUAAGACACAUUUAAGAAAUUAAAUAAAGUAAGGAAAAGACUUCAUUCAUAACACUGAGGUGCUUUUAUCAGCUUUGGAAGUAUAAAUAUUCAGUUACUUGCAUAUAAUCCAGAUGAAGGUCUCACAGAAGGAAGUGUCAGAUAUGUAAAUUCAUAACUGUGAAAGUUUAGUGGUGAAUAAAACAUUCAUAAGUUAGUGUGCCCGAAUCCUUUACUCUGAAAAAAUCUGUCUGCUUUCUUAUGUUAUCUAAUUUAAACAAGUUAGAUUUUAAGUUGGUAGGUCUUCUGAUUUAGUAUCUAGAACUUGGUGGAAGUUGAGAUAUAGCUUAAUGGGUCUUACUCUUAUGUGCUGUGUAAUAUUAAUUUUAAUCUGCAUUUCAGAAUGAAUAUUGAAUUAACACACAACUGCCAGACUUUUAUAAUUAAUGUCAUUUUUACUAUCAGUAUUUUUGUCACUUGUAAUCAUAUAUUCACAGAAAUUCUAUGUAAGACAACUGUAUUUUUUUAAAUAAACCAUAUAUUUUGUAUCAA